CUUCUGAUCGAGACUAUUUGAACGACACCAUGUUCCCGACACGAGUGCAGUGUGCGAAGAAGAAUUUGUUGCUGUGCUUUGAUGCAUUUGGGACGCUGUUCCGGCCUAAUGUUCCUAUUCCACGAGCGUAUGCUGAGGCUGCCAUCAGACACGGUGUGAAGUGCAAUGGCAACGACCCCGCUGUAAAUGUUAACAGAGAGUUCAAGAGAGCAUUCAGGGAAGUAUCGAAAACCCAUCCAAAUUAUGGAAAAGCGACAGGUCUCGGAGCUGAAAAGUGGUGGCGAACUGUAAGUUGAUGCAUGUCCUCCACCUCAGCGACGUCCUUGAACUCCAACUAACAGCAUCCAGAUGAUCAACAGCACGUUCGAGAAAUGGCUAGAACCAGGCCAAGAUGUCCCACAGCCCCUGGUAGAUGAGCUAUUGCGUCGCUACUCGACCAAAGAAGGCUACGACAUCUUCCCAGACGUCUUGCCCUUCUUCCAAAUGCUACGCACCAAAUCAUCGACCGAGGGUACUAAGCCCUGGCCUUGGAAGGAGACAGUAGUCGGCAUCAUCACCAACUCCGACGACCGAGUGCCUGGCAUUUUGGAGUCUUUCGGUCUCAAAGUUGGUCCAAGGCGAGUUGGAACUCCAGACGAGCGCACGGCUGACGUUGCAUCGGAAGAUGACAUCAGUUUCGUGGUGCUCAGCUACGAUGUUGGUGUCGAGAAGCCGCAGCGCGAGAUGUUCGAUGCGGCUAUCAAGUCAUUCGAAGAAACCCUGGCCAGUAGACGCGACGAAUCGGACGUUCAAAGCUGGGAAAAGAUGUAUGUCGGCGAUUCACUCGAGCAUGAUGUCGUCGGGGCGAGCAAAGCAGGUUGGAAAGCGCUGAGAUUGGACCGGGAGGAGCAGUUUCGGGACUCCUUCAAAAGCAAGGGCAAAGACCUCAUCCAGGCAACUGUUCAGAUAGGAGACGGAUCGCAUUACCUCAAGGUGAGUACGAUCAAGAAUCUUGGGGCUCUUAGCACGAUAUAUCCGGCAAGCGGAUGGCUAGGAAAAGACUCUCUAGAGGCCAGUGGUUUUGAGAGUGAGAAGACGGCCUGAGCAGUCUCGAUAAAGACGGACAUAAGAAUAUGCCAAACAUAAUCGUUCGCUCCUCGAGUAGGCGACUCACUCCCCCUUCAAAUCGGCAUUGACUAAUCUGCCGGCCGCCUCAGUUCGAGAAUGUCUGACAGCUUUACUGUGCCCUUCCCACCCCAGCCAGCUUGUCCAGAAGCAACUUCCGGACGGACACGCACGUA